ACAUAACGCGGAAGCAAGAAUCCUUCUAGAAACAACGUUGAAUGCAUAUAUCAGCGGACGAGCAGCGCCCGAUUGAAAGCAAAGUUCAUUUCCAUUACUUCAAUUAAAAACUGCAGAAGGUAGUUUCCUAAGGUUUCUUCAAGGCAGCGAUGGACAUCAAUGAGCUGAUCGCCGGUCUUGAGAGUGAUCUUAAAGAGAUCACGAGUCUGCUGGAGAAAUGUGAACGCCAGCGCGUGCGGGACGUGUUAACGCAAGAGCAGAAGAAGAUAGAGAAAGAGCUGGCGCAGAAACGACAGCAGAAACUGCAGCAAGCCAAGAAAGACUCUGGAGACAAAACUGACACAAUACUCAAAGGAUACACAGUCAAAAUUAAUAAUUAUGGAUGGGACCAGUCUGACAAAUUUGUCAAAAUCUACAUUACACUAAAAGGAGUACAUACUAUUCCAGCUGAAAAUGUUGAGGCCAACUUUACAGAGAGAGGCUUCAAUGUUCUAGUCAAAGAUCUGGAUGGGAAGAACCAUCAGAUGACAGUCAACAACCUUUUAUUUCCCAUUAUUGUAGCAGAGAGUAGUAAAAAGAUAAAAACAGACAUGGUGCUUGUUAUGUGCAAGAAGAAGUCAACAAAAAAGUGGGACUGCUUGACACAAGUAGAAAAACAGUCUAAGGAGAAAGACAAACCCAACUUGGAUGAGAACGCUGAUCCAAGCGAGGGGCUGAUGAGCGUGCUGAAGAAGAUCUACACGGAUGGAAAUGACGAGAUGAAGCGCACUAUCAACAAGGCCUGGGUUGAGUCUCAGGAGAAGAAGGCCAAAGCAGAUGACUUUGACUUCUAAGCCAGCUUAUUGGUCUGCUUUCACAGUGAAACACCC